AAAUUUAAUAAAUGUAGGCGCGACAGGUUAUGUCAAAUGGUUUAUUACUAUUUUAACUAUAAACCGUUAUACUCGUAUAUAUCAAUAAAAUAGAUUCGUUAUUUAGAUAUCUACGACAGACAACACACUUGCACAGCAUAUUAUUGAAACAAUGGGGCUGAAAGUUAUCAAGAGGAAGCGUAAAGCCAGGAAAUCAGCUCUACUUUGAACAAGUUAACACAAAAACGACUAAGGUAGACUUAGCUGAAGAGGAAAUGCUCCUAUUCUGGAGACGAUCAAACGCGCCGAAAUGCAAGCCGUUCACAGUGUACAAGGUCGACUGUAAUCAUUGCGUGUGCGCCGCCGACGGCACGACAUCUUGCACCAGGAUGGAUUGCAGAUACUUAAAAACAAAGCGCAAACCUAAAUUGAGAACGAAAAAACCAGUAUACUACAUCGAUGAAAGUGAUGACACUGAUGACAGUGUACAGUCCAAAUAAAGAAACUGCCUUUUUGAUUACAAAGUCGAUAUUAAACAAUGUAUUGUCCUGAUAA